AUUCAUACAUUGCUAGUCACGGAGCUUCCUGCAGACUGUUUUUAUCAGACCUCUCCACAGAACUUCGCAUUUUUCCAACGAAAAAUAAAGAAUACAACCACCUUCUGUCCUUUAUACAUCCACAGAGAGAAACACAGUGUAGCGGAUAAGGGAAAUAAAUCCUCCUGCGACACCAGCCAGAGGAUAACGAUCAGCUUAGCCGCUCAGAGGGGUUCCGAAUUUGCGUUUUAUUCCUAAAAGCAGUAUGAAAACUAAAUUUAUCAACGGGGUUUCUUCUUCCCCUUCCUUGUCUCUGGGUCUGCUUGUGACCGAAAACGCCCUGCAGGUUCAGCCCGACACCGAGGAGGACUGUAAGGUGCUGGUUCUGCCUGAACAGCCAGACCUGGAGACCAAACGCAAAGCUUAUCUGUGGUGCCGGGAAUUCCUCCAUGGAGCCUGGAAGAUCCUGGCCGAGGAAGACUUCCACAUCACCAUCAUACGGGGUGGUCUGAGCAACAAGCUCUUCUUGUGCAGCCUCCCCGACAGCCAGCGCUCUGUUGGGGACGAGCCGCGGAACGUCCUGCUGCGCCUCUAUGGGGCCAUCCUUCAGAUGUCCUGUAAUAAAGGGGAUUCCCGACAGUCAAACAAAGAAAAUCUCUUCCAAGGGGCAGAGGCCAUGGUGUUGGAGAGUGUGAUGUUUGCUAUCUUGGCGGAGAGGGAGCUUGGACCUAAACUCUAUGGUAUUUUCCCUCAGGGCCGGCUGGAGCAGUAUGUCCCUAGUCGUAAACUGGACACCUGUGAGUUAAGCAACCCCAGCAUAUCAGCAGAGGUUGCGGAGAAGAUGGCCAAGUUUCAUGUAAUGAGAAUGCCGUUCAACAAGGAACCCAAGUGGCUGUUUGGAACCAUGGAGAAGUACCUGAGCCAAGUCAUGAGGCUGAACUUCACCAGAGAGUCCCACCUGCGGCGCUACAACCGCCUGCUCAGCUACAACCUGCUGCAGGAGAUGGAUAUGCUCAAGUCUCUGCUGGAGUCCACACACUCUCCUGUCGUGUUCUGCCACAACGACUGUCAAGAAGGAAACGUCCUGCUGCUGAAUGGCCGCCAGAGCUCAGACAAACAGAAGCUGAUGCUUAUUGACUUUGAGUACAGCAGCUACAACUACAGGGGAUUUGAUAUCGGCAACCAUUUCUGUGAAUGGAUGUACGACUACAACUGUGAGGAGUUUCCGUUCUUCAAAGUCAAUGCUCAGGCCUACCCUUCAAAGGCCCAGCAGCUGCACUUCUUUGAAAGCUACCUGCGUGAGUCUGACCAAGGAUUUGACAACCUGAGUGAAGAAGACCAGAUGAGGCUGAUGGAGGAGCUGUACGUGGAGGUCAACAGGUUCUCCCUGGCGUCCCACUUUUUCUGGGGCCUGUGGUCCAUCAUCCAGGCCCGGCUAUCCACCAUCAAGUUUGGAUAUCUGGAUUAUGCCCUGGCUAGAUUUGAUGCCUACUUCGAGCAGAAGAAGAUCUGGGCUAACGGAGCGAAAUGAAUAGAUGGACUAACAACUCAUUUAGCCAAACAGCAGGUGGGGCACAUGCAGGCUGAGGAAGACUCCACCAUCCGCGCUUCACUUAUAUUCCAAGCCUUGCUGGCUGGCUGCUGUUGGUGAUGUAUUGACCAAAGCCAAAACUUGAUGACGUGGCUAAGUCCUUAAGGUACGCCCCAAAAUCCAUUGCAGCUCAAAGUUUACACUGUGUAACUCCCUGAGAGCCAAAAAAAAGAGAAAACACUGACUACUUACCUUCAUCACUUGUAAGAACUGCUGUCUGCUUCUGCCUUUUUUCAAACCAUUUUACUAACACAAGGGUUUUGAGCAGGAGAGAGGUGGGAACAGCUAGAUUUGAAAUGUUAACAUUGCAUCAAUGUAAAUGUAUUGAUCAUUCCCUUAUGGAAAUGUUCUGCUGGAAAUAACCAAAAUGUGAAUUUUGCUUGGUAGAUUCCUGCUAACUAGAGCCGCCAGCUAUGUAUAUUAUAUAUAGACCCCAAUGUGCCAGUAACCUGGCUUGUUUGUUACUGAUGGUGAAAUCCUGACUUGAUUUACAGGUCAGGUUGAUCUACACUUAUAGGUAUUACACUUGCUGUUUUUUUGAUUUUAUUUUUUUAAAUGGUUGUAUUAGAAAUUUCAUUAGGCCAAGCCAGGGCAAAUAUCGGAAUUGUGUUGAUUUUCGAGUAUGUGAAUAUUUGAAGUCCCUUUUCUGGGUAUCUUCUUAAUGCCACCAAAUUAAAAUCAAAGACUUUAAUAUCAGGUAUUUCCAAUACAUUAAAUCUGUUUAUCUUUGGAUUCCUAAAGAGUUAAAGUUUGAUUGGUUUAUGGUAUUAUUCUCUCAACUGGUAAAGUUUGGUGGGAUUAUGUCGUUUUUACAAAUCACUGUGACAAGUACAUUCAUAUCUUCAUGUAGUUUACACAUUAACGUUUGCAUUGUCUGCUUUGGCGAAGACAUUCCAGCCAUGCUUUAUAAGCUUGGGAAAGUGUUGCUUAACACUAGGGAUCUAACUGACCAUAUAUUUGUUUUUUUACUUUUAUAUAUUAUCCAUGCAUUGAAGAAACAUCAUACAGUUCACAUAUGAAUGGUUUCUGUUUGUGUUAAUUGAUUCUUUGGGGAUGUCAUGGGUCAUUGUACCCAGACGUACCCAUCUAGAAUAAUGUCACAGACGGUCACAUCAUGCUGCACAGCUGAGCAGCUCGAUUCUACUUCACCGCAUCGAGUCAUUAUUUGUGCUCCAACUAUGCUAUUGUUCACAGAGAGACAGAUCCAUCAUAUGCUGCUAACAGCCUUCUUUUUGCAUUUAACUACACCUAUAUAUCUUGAAUUUCAGUUUCUGGGCACCAUCUCAUUUUGGUGCCUUUUUUGGUCCUGAUCAGUAUUCCUCUGUUCACCCAACUUAGAGUCAGUACAAGCUAGUGUGUUAGCGCACCAUUUCAGUAGCAAUGCCGUUUAGACCUCAUUCAUAAAUGAUAACUGUGACUGUAAAGCUUUUAAUCCUAGAAUGAACAUUUAGUUUAGCAUAUCACAUGGGGAAGGUGCAGUAUCUGGUACAACAAAAAAGACCAAAAUGAACCUAUCGCUCGUCAACCAUUUUCAGCAACUGUAGCUGAUACUGCUGUAAAGCUUUAAAAUCAAAACAGGAGGUUAAAGUCUAAAAUGUGUAUUCAUUUUAGAAACGAUGGUUCUCUAAAUUCAGAAAGUUGUAGAAAGAGGCACUUACUAGCCAGGGUUCAUCGAUUCUGAUAACGUUAAUGACAACUGUUGUGUCCCAAUUUAGCUAGCUAGCUAAUUUGGCUAAUGAGUUUGUUGUAAAUCCUAUUUCUGACUACAGCUAACUUGUUUUACUACAAGAAUCCCUGUAAAAGGGAUCCAAAUAAUGUACAUCAAAGCUACACACCUCUUAAUGAUGCAAUAUAAAAAUAUUUUAGCCUACUUCCAUUAAGUUAGCCUAAAUGUUAUUCAACUUUUUGUCUGUGUAUCCACUUAAGUGUUACCAGACGUGUUAUUGUGUUAUUCUAUGUUGGAUAUAUAAUCAUGAGGGUAUUACAGAUAAACGAGAGGAAAGGUGAAACAAACUGAGGGAGCUGCUGCCUGUUCACAAACUUUUAUUUUCAACAUGUCAUAUAAGCACACACCUCUUAAUGAUGCAAUAUAAUAAUAUUUUAGCCUACUUCCAUUAAGUUAGCCUAAAUGUAGCAUCCAAGACUAGCUUCCAACCAGUGAGGAGAUACCACACAAUCCAUAUGCUAGCUAUAAACAUGACAUAACAUCAUUCUCCAAACUCCGUAAAAGCUGGUACUACAACAGUUGCUAAGCCCUGAUUGAACAUUCCCUGUUUGGGGUUUAGCAAUACGCUAUUUAAAAGCUUAAUAUCGUCUGGUAACACUUAAGUGGAUACACAGACAAAAAGUUGAAUAACCACCAUAUAAUGGCUGAGAUGCAUCUCCAUGUUGGGUUGAAGCAUCAUGUAAUACAUCAGGGUACAUUCUCUGUCUGCCUGUGAGCACGAAGACAUAGUAUGGAAGCCACACAAUGACUCUGGUGUAGUGAACAGUAGUAAUUGGCUCACACCCCUUGUUAUAAUGACUACUGUACAUUUACACAGAGCUGAAUGAGGUGAGCUGGAUCAUGAAACGUAACAAGACACUACUCUAGUCACCUCAAACUGGAACAAUCCAGGGGUUUUUGAAUGUCGACUAAGGCACUUUUGAUUUUAGGAUCGGAAAUAUCUAUAUGAAAAAUAAAAAUAUGUACUUGAGUGUUUUCAUGUGGGGGUUAUCGAAUCGUGAAUGUUGUUGAAAAGGGUUUAUUUUACUUGCAAGUGUAUUUGUAUGUAUAUUUUUAUUGUUAUAUUUGUUUGCAAUGUGUUUGAUGUUUAGUUUGACAUUUAUUUUGAUAUUCAAUGGGAUUAGGAAUAUUCUAGCAGCUGAAUGUGCAGUGGAAGAUACUGGAAGUGUUACUGCUGCAUCCCGUCUGUAGCAAUAGACUAUUUGAACUGAAUUUCAUUGCUAGGCAACAGCUUGGGUCCAUGACUACUAUCUGUCAGCUGAUGUCUUCAAAUACCCUGCGGCAGGAAAUGAACUGGGAUACAUUUAGAAUCUUAUGUUUACAACUGUAAAAUUGUUCAAAACCAUCUAAUUCUUGUUGUCCUUUACCAUGAUUUUAUGUAUUUGUUAUGGUAGAAAUGGACUCUACAAUCUGUAACUAUAGUACAUUCCUCAAUUAUUACUUCAACUUCAGUAUUGUGACCAAAAUAACUACAUUUAGAAUGUUUUUCUUUUCAAUAAAACUCAAAGUCAUCAGAAGGGAACAAACAUUCUCUCUUCUGCACAAAUACAUCAUUUAAUUUAAUAUUCACUAACAAAAUGCUAAAAAAAUAUAAUAACAAAUGUGUACAUUAUCAUUCCUAUCAAUAUGCUAAUGUAAGACACCUGAUUUCAGUUGAAAAACACAUUGUGUUCUGUGAUAGCAUCCACAACUAUCAUGCAACUCACAGUGAUGACCUUUGCUUUCUAUGCAGCUACUCUGAAUGAAUAUGUACUCAAAUGAUAUAUUAUAAUUUGUUUUUAAAAAAAAGGUUUCGGGUGACCUGCUGCAGCAUUGAAAUGAUCUUGGCUGUAAAUUAAACUUUUCUGCUUUGCACAAACAACGAUUAAAGUGAAAACAACUGACCAA